AUGGGCUGUAUUGGCUCCAAAACCACCAUCGGUAAGAUUGCUUCUACCUUGCGGCGGCGGCGGCGGCAGGGGGGAAUGGGGAGGGAGUGUGUGGUUGCACCUCCGAUGUGCCAGAACCAGCCGGAGUAUGGGGGGAUGGAGGUGCCUGGAUCGUCCCUGGAGAAGAGAUUGGGUGAGGCGGGGGGGCGGGGGCUGCAGCGGAAGAGAUCGCUUAA